AUGGAUAUAGAUGAAUUAAUCAGCCACCAAACAAAUGUCUCCCUAAACAUUACGAAACAUUUGUUCUCAAAAGAAGAAUGUAAGAAUAAGAACAUUGUAUUUUCACCCUUGUCACUUCAAGUUACGCUUAGUAUUGUUGCUAACGGCACUGAGGGGCCCGCACAACAUCAACUUUUGUCUUUUCUUGGAUUUAAAUCCAUCGAACGUCUCAAUUCCUUUGUCUCUCAGCUCAUUUUCAUUGUGUUCUCUAGUGCUUCUCACGUUGGUGGGCCCCAUCUUUCUUUUGUCAAUGGUGUGUGGGUUCAAGAAUCUCUUUCUCUCUAUCCUUCCUUCAAAGAAAUUGUGACUUGUGAUUAUAAUGCUGCAUUGACUUUCGUUGAUUUCCUAACCAAGGUAUAUGAAGUGAGAAAUGAAGUGAAUUUAUGGGCAGAAAAAAUGACAAACGGAUUCAUAAAAAGUCUAAUUCCAGCAAGGUCAAUUAAAAACACAAGUGAAUUAAUCUUCGCAAAUGCACUAUACUUCAAAGGAAAAUGGGAUCAGGAUUUUGAUACUUCAAAAACGAAAGAAUAUGAUUUCCACCUUCUCAAUGGAAAUUCAGUCAAAGUACCCUUCAUGACCAGUACUAAUGACCACCAGCGUAUUAGUGUUUUCGAUGGUUUUAAAGUUGUUGGUCUUGAUUAUAAACAUGGAAACGAUAGGCGUAGAUUCUUUAUGUACAUUUUUCUUCCAGAUACAAAAGAUGGCCUCUCGUCUUUGAUUGAGAAGGUAACUUCUGACUCUGACUUUAUCAAACACAAGCUUCCUUUUUCAAACGUCAAAGUAGGUGACUUCAGAAUUCCAACAUUCAAAAUAUCAUAUGGAGUUGAAAAUUUGAUGAAUGUGGUAAUGGAACUAGGAGUUGUUCUACCAUUUUCUCCUCCCGGAGGUAUGACAAAAUUGGUGGACUCUUUUAUAGGAAAACACAAUUUUGUUACCAACAUACAUCAUAAGUCUUUCAUUGAAGUAAAUGAAGAAGGCACUAGACCUGAUUAUAGGAUGGAUCACUUUUGUAUAGCUUCGGGUUAUCGAGAUGAUCACAUUCCACCUCGAAUAGACUUUGUAGCUGACCAUCCUUUCUUCUUUCUAAUUAGGGAAGAUCUUACAGAAACGAUACUCUUUACUGGUCAGGUGCUCAAUCCCCUUUAUGGCUGUAAGGGCACAUGGAGUAUGGUAUAG